AUGGUAGGAGUCGGUCUCAUGAAUUUUCCAACCUGUCCUCAAGAAGCUGUAUUGUUGCAGAAGUUCCUAUGGGAAGAGUUUAAUUCUCCUAAUUCCCUUUUUAAGGAAUCCAGUAGAGCUAAUCUUUAUGGCCUGAUUAUAGUAGACUGGUUCAGGAUUCAUGGUGUGGCAAAAUUGAAGCCAUUGUGCCUUGACAUUAUUGAGGCCAAGGAGUAUCUGAAACAAAAAGGAGUUGAUCUUACUCUCAGCUGA